UUGAUAAUUUGAUUGAAUUUUUUUACAGGUUUAUAUUUUAUUAAAUAAUGACUUACCCUGAUAGAAAUAGAACAAAGAAAUUAGAUUUUGUAGACACUCAAAAGCUUUCUUCUACGUUUGUUCUUUUAUGGUACAAGGGAUUGUGAAAAAGAUGAGCGGCAUACCUCUCCCAUAUCACUUUCAAAUAAACUUUUUAAGCAUUAUUCAUCCGUUGAAUGCCUUGAAUUUCAAGUGAAAAAUGUAGUGCAUGUUUCUAUUGCAAAUAUACAACACGCAGCUGUCAUCAUCUAUAAGGGGUCUAUUACCCAAUGCUGUAAAUUUGAAACAUUGCUAGAUAACUUCAUGGACGAUUUUGGUGAUGAAAAUCCUAGCACUGAUGAAGUAAGCAAGUUUGCCCUCAAUUAUAUUGAAGGCAAUACUGACGGAAAAAGAAAACAUUCUGAUGGAGACCAAUCCUCAGAUUCAGAGAAUAUUGCACCGGUCUCAGAACAUACAGGCCUAAACGGACCUAAAUAUAAAUCGACUCCUAAAUCAAAGGUGCUGAAAAAAAAACAUGUAAAUGAAGUGUUGAAUGAAAAUUCAGAAUCAGAGUCCUUUGCAUCAUUUUAUAACAGUCAAAAAGGAUCUAAAAAAAGUGAAGCACAGAUUAUGGCUUUGGAAAAGCGGAAGCUUGACAUGCUACUUGACAAUGUUGAUGCUCCCAGAGCAUUGAUGCUUCCAAUAAUUAGUGAUGUUCCUAAAACAAAACACUGUGGUUCACCGAAGUUAAGCAAACUAUCUUGUUUAGAAGCAAUUUUGAUUGAACAAAAGAAACUUCUUUUUGAACAAAAGAAGACCAACAAACUGUUGUCUGAAAUUUUGCGCCCAAUAGAAAAAGAAUCUGUAAAUAAUGAUAAUGCCGUGUAUACUGGUUUUGAUGCCGAAUUUAAAUUGCACGACAUUCAAAAACGAGAACCAUGUAGCUUUGCAAGAAAAUUUAUUUUGUUGCGAUUCGGAAAGGAGUUUACUUGCACGCGUAUUUGUGAACCAAACGGACCUACUGCACGCAUUCGUAUGGAGAAUGAAGAAAUUCAGGAAGUUAAAGGUGCACUUGACAAAGUGUUUACGUCUUACAACUGGCGUGUUGUUCGGGCGAGUAUUAAUCAAUUUUUCCGAGACAAUAAAAGUAGUACAAAAGUUUGAAGACUAAACAAAUGAGUGACAUUUUUUUUGUGGUGUGGGGUUGUCAGCGUUUUUCGCUUAUCCCCCCCCCCCCCCCCAUUCUAUCUGUAAUGUGUUUUGUAUGUUUUGUGUGUUAAAUAAAUACACCAUCUUAUUUAUUCUAAA